AUGGAUGAUGGAAGCCAACCACCAAUUUCUAUACUCCCCGAUUACGGUAUCCCUCGCUCAGCUAUUACCUUUGUCUAUAUACCUCGCACCCCAAUCGAAGAACGGCCCGAGCCGAUGCAUCACCAUAUUUACGGCGACAUGUGCAUCAAAGACUAUGGCAAGCGCCACACAUGGAUGGGUUUUCUAGACGCUGACGAGUUCCUGGAGAUGCGGAACGGCCAAACGCUAAUGCAAUGGCUACAUGAUUGGGAGCACAAUGAUACUGUCGGUGCCGUGGCUGCUCAAUGGCUCACCCACAACUCGGCAGGAUUACUUACCCGUCCUGAAGGCGGUGCCCGCAAGAAUUUUGACAAGUGUGUCGUCAACGAUCCCAAUGGCGAAAACAAGCAUGUUAAGAUGUUUGUCCGUACCGAGCUCUUCCAGCAAGUCAACAAUGUUCAUCACAUUGGAACGAAAGAUGGGUACAUGGAGGUAGGAGAGCAUGGCGACCCUACCGGACCAUGGAGAAAUCCUGUCACCCAUGAGAAAUGGGCUCUUCACCAUUAUGGGAUUAAGUCGCGGCAAGAAUUCAUAGAGAAGCAGGACAGAGGUAAUGCCAACGCGCUUGCCAAGCCGAUACCUCAGUCGUUGUGGGAGGGUGUUGAAAACAUGGAUGAAGUUGAUUGCAAGGAGCUGACUGAUUAUUAUCCAUGA